AUGAAGCAUGGCGCUGUCGUCGUCGUCACUGGAUGGUUGGUGCUCAUGACCGUCGUCUCUAAUUUGGCCAAGGCUGAGACGACCACUUCACCGCCAUGGGAGCCCAGCACAUGUGGCGGCAACCUGCUCGCCAAGAGCUCCGAGUUUGGGUGUGGGCUUGAACGAUGCAGGUGCUGGCCGUACGUGUCCAAGUGCGACCCGUCCUUGGGCUGCGAUGGUUCGCCAGUUGGCGCUUCUAGGUGUCAGGGGCAAUGUCGACUCACAGCGCUGGGCCACGUUUUGAACAUCCUGCGCUGGCUGUUUGUGCUUGGAUGUCCAGCCAUUGUGUUUGGCUACCACAUCCUCAAAGUGCACACGACAACUUUGCGAUCCAGCGAAGACGAACACAAAGGAGACAUCGACGGGCAACGAACGGACGACCUGGAGGCGAUGUUGCACCAAGAGCAGAUUCUCGAUGUUGUGUUGAACCAAGUCGAGCAGCAGCGCCGGAUGAUGGGGCGCGUUCUAUGGCGCGUUCUGCAUCCGCUGGCGACGAAGGACGAGGUGGCGGCCAGGCGGCACGAUCGGCCGCGACGCCGCCGCCAAGGGGGUUCGUAUUUUGGGGAUGCAUUCAUGAACCUGCACACCCCCUCGACGGAUAAAUUGGCCGCUGUGGCCUUCCCCCCCGAAGCAGACGAAGUCGAACCAACCAAUCAACUGGAAGAGUACAUCGACUUGGGCAAACUGCACACGGGGCAUCGCACUCAUGGCGCGUACGUGAUCAACAUCAACGCUCAAAUAUACCUCGAAACCAUGCACGAAAAUGUGAUGCCGAGUCUGCUCAUCGUGAUCUUUGUAAUGUCCGUCGCCACCUUUAUUGCUGCGUUCAACCCCAUCUCCCUGGCAUCUACUUCUGUGGAGGUUUCUCCUUGGACGUGUGUGUCUGGCGCGGGUCAGAAUUGCUCGUCCUUCAGCUGGACAAGUACCAACGACACUGCCGUCGUGCCCACGCUGUCCAACCUCCGCCCACACCAGCUCUAUCACGUGAGGUUUCAGCAUCCCCAACUUCCCCAAGUGCCCAAUGUGUUGCUUUUGGAGCUUCAUGUCGACUCGUCUCAUGGCCGCUCGUUUUUACACGACGGGGGGUGGUUGUAUCAGGUCAAUCUGUCGUCCAUUGUUUCGGCAUCGUACACGACGAGCCAGGACCAACCACUCGUUGUGCGCUACGUCAACAAGCUAACCACCACGUGUUCCUCGACGGAAUGUGGGGCCAUUCCACUGGCGGCGGUGUACUUGCAGCGCUUCGGCGCGUCCCAGUCGGACGUCCGCAGCCGUCACUUGGACAUUCAACUCGCGUUUCUUUCCCACUCGUCGAUCCCCCCUCUGGAACAGCUGCCGUUUCGACUGGUUCUGACAGCGGACCAAGACUCUGGGGCGUGGGCCACCGUGACCAUUCGAUGCCUCCUCGGUACUUUCACGGCUGCGUACUUGGUGCAUUUCCUUGUAUCGUUGAACGCGCACAUGGUCCGCCGCGAUCGUCCCCACGACGCGAUUUCGCCCCAAUCGUUGUACUUUCGGCUAUGGGGCCACUUGAGUCUCGAGCGCCACGUCAUGGUGCUGCUCCUCCUUGUGCUGGCAGUGCACCACAACCCGCUCAUGCUCAUCCCGACCACGCCCUGGUUUGGCCCGCCUUCGCACACCUACAUGGUGUUUCGCAACGUGUGGGAAACAAUCAUGUAUGUCGUGCUGCUGGGGUCCCUCCUUGUGCUUCUCGACUGCUACCGGAAAGACUGCCGCGCCUUCUCCAACGGCGCGUCGCUCGACUUGGACUGGCUGUUUCUGGUCAAGCUCGCGUUGGCUGCCGGCGUCGUCGUCCUUCGCGUGAGUCUGUCGCUGUCCCUCGAAGGCCUGUUUGACGCGACGGUCAAUGUCGCCCAAUGGGUGGCGGUGGUCGACUUGCUGCUGCUCGUCGCUGGGUUUUCCGUGUUUUGCACCGUCGUAGCGAUUGUGCAUCGGGUGCUCGAUGCCCAACGGUACUCGCAAACGCGGUACCUGUCGCUGAGCUUUCGGUAUCUGACUGUGAUUGCGUUUGCCAUCCUCGCGGUGCUGCUGCUCAACACGGCCUUCUCCAGCACCUAUGCCCCCGUCUCGACCACCAAAUCCACCGACCUCACAGCCACCCCCGUGCUCGUCGAAGUCGCCACCGCCCUCUUUGUGUACUUUGCCGUGCUGGCGUUCUACCCGCCCAACCAAGUCGAACCGGGCUUGAUUCCCCGGGGAUAUGUCAUUCGAGAACGUCGACAGUACGUCCACACGCCGCAGGAACUGUCGCCCACCGCCGUCGCGUCGUCGUCGCCUCCCCUUCCGACCACCGUCGCAGCCGCGUUGAUGCCCAUGUCGGCGCUUUCCCGCACGUCCACUUUGUUGCGUCGACUUCCAGCGUUUCGCGCCAAGGCGAGCUCAAAGCCUCACCGAUUGUUUUGCAUCGAAACGGCAUGUCUGUUGAUGAAUUGCGCACGCCAUGCGUACUACCGGUCGUCGCUGAAUCUGCCGGUAGACCAAGACGGCGGCGUCGUGGCAUAUCCGGCUACGGCGUACGUCAACCAAACUGCCUUGGUGCGCGACGGACUCGAAGAAUCGAUGGUCCUCCACGACGACGCCACCGACACAAAUUGCCUCGUGUUGCACUCCGACUGCAAAAUCAUCUUUGCCUUUCGCGGCACCGACAGCAAAGCCAACGUCAAGACCGAUUUGGAAAUCAAACUGGAACCCGUGCCGUGGCUGCCACCGUUGGGCGAAACUCCCUUUGUCCAUCGAGGGUUCUUGACGGCAUACGCCUCUGUGCGCGAGAAAUGCCAUGCCGCCCUGCAUGAACUGCUGCGGCGGUAUACUGCCCACGGAAUUGACCCGGAAAGCGUCCAGAUAUAUUGCACCGGACAUUCACUGGGCGGGGCGCUGGCAACGCUGGCAUCGAUCGACUUGAAGCUGUCGUUCAAUCGUGACGUUAUAUUGUACAAUUAUGGAUCCCCUCGAGUCGGGACGCAUAGCUUUUCCCGAUUCUUCAACUCUAAGAUGCCACUAGCGUUUCGAUUGGUUAACGAGGGUGACAUCAUUUGCGGCCUUCCGCAACGCGUGACCUCGACGUGCUUUGGCCAAGACAAAAAGUUUUACAAGCACAUUGGCACCGAAGUCGUCAUGGACGGCAAGGUCAACGGCGACUUCCUCAUUCGCCCGACGUUUGCCGAAAAGAACUUGAUUGUCGAAGGGCGGAAAAAACCUGGACGGCACUACUUGAAAGGGUACACAGAAAAUCUGGCCAUGAUUUUAGACUGCAGUCUUCAAAGCGAGCGCAUGCUGGGCGACUUUCGCGUGCAAAAUGCUCUGGAAGAGGCCUUGUAUCACGAUGAUAGUGCCGACGACGACGCCACGUCACCCGACGUCAUGUACUAG